AUGGCAGCGAUCUAUCCGCAAUGCGGGGUUGCGACGACCCCGCGCGCGUCCCGCUACCGCGUGCGCUGCGCGGCAGCCGCGGCAAGUGGAAGUGCCUCCGCGGUGACGGUGGCGGCGGCGUGCGUGCCGGUUGAGGGUGCGGGAGUGACGAGGCGCGGGGCCCGGAGGACGGGGUCGUCAACCGUGGCGGGCAUGUGGAGGCAGGUUCAGGGGUGCGACGAUUGGGAGGGGCUGCUGAAGCCGGUGGUGCACCCUGUGCUGCGGAGCGAGGUGGCACGGUACGGCGAGCUGGUGAACGCCUGCUACAAGGCGUUCGACCUCGACCCGGCGUCGCGGCGGUACCUUAACUGCAAGUACGGCAAGGAGCGGAUGCUGGAGGAGGUGGGCAUGGCCGGCGCGGGGUACGAGGUCACGAGGUACAUCUACGCGGCGCCGGACGUCACCGUGCCGACCAUGGAACCGUCCACCAGCGGGCGGGGACGGUGGAUCGGCUACGUCGCCGUGUCAACCGACGAGAUGACCCGGCGCCUGGGCAGGCGCGACGUGCUCGUCUCGUUCCGCGGCACCGUCACGCCCGCCGAGUGGAUGGCCAACCUCAUGAGCUCGCUCGAGCCGGCGCGCCUCGACCCCUGCGACCCGCGCCAGGACGUCAAGGUCGAGUCGGGCUUCCUCAGCCUCUACACCUCCGCCGACAAGACGUGCCGCUUCGGCGGCGCGGGUAGCUGCCGGGAGCAGCUCCUCCGCGAGGUGUCCCGCCUCCUCGAGUCGUGCUCCAAGGACCACCCCGGCGAGGACGUCAGCGUGACCCUGGCCGGCCACAGCAUGGGCAGCGCACUCGCUCUGCUCUUCGCGUACGACCUCGCCGAGCUCGGCCUCAACCGCGGCUCCCUGGUAACCGUGUUCUCAUUCGGCGGGCCGAGGGUCGGGAACGCCGCGUUCAAGGCCCGGUGCGACGAGCUCGGCGUGAAGGCACUGCGAGUGGCCAACGUCCACGACCCGAUCACCAAGCUCCCGGGCAUCUUCCUCAACGAGGCCACCACGGGGGUGCUCCGCCCGUGGCGCGCGUCCUGCUACACCCACGUCGGCGUGGAGCUCGCCCUGGACUUCAUCAAGGUCAGCGACCUGGCGAGCGUGCACGACCUCGGCACGUACGUCGCAUUGCUCAAGAACGGCAACAAGACGCCGCAGCCGUCUGCAUCCAGACCAGAGCAGCUGCACGACGGCGGCGUGCUCGCCAAGGUGAUGGAGUUCGUGGGGCGGCAGCGCGCCGGCGCGGUGCCGUGGCAGGACGCGGCUCUGCAGAUGGGCGGCUUGGUGCAGACCCUCGGACUAAUCUGAUCGAAUCAACCAGCGGCCACUGAUCCUCUUGGACAAUUUUUUUUGGAGGAUUUAAGGUCGUUUUUUUCAUUAAUUUCUUCUGCACAGAUCGAUUAGCUAAACUUGAUCAUCAUAGGAGGCAGAUCACAAAAGAAUUCUUUGUCAUUUCGUUCCGUUCGGACAGAGACAGUGUACAGCUAGUGACCGACCAUGUAACGAAAGCAAUGCUCGAAACAGAGCAGGCAAACACACGACAGAGCUUACCCCGAUUUGUUGGAUUGCUACUCGUCCGUCUCAACUGCCGGCGGCUGCUGAUGGGAUUGAAUUGCACGGCUCGAUUUGGUUCGUCGGAUGACAUGUCGCAAGUGCGUCACCGUAUAUUUUGUUGCUUGGGAACAUUGGACU